CUGAGUCAUGGUGAGUUCAUGCGGCACCAGAAACUUGGUUUUAUCCAGCGGAGGAAGAUAUUUCUCCCUCUCGUACCGUUCAAUGAUGACCUGCGAGAAGCCAUAAAAACAGACAGGAAGUCCCGUGUCUGUGUCCGUCCCGAAGCUCGACGGGUGUCUCAUCAUCUGACAGCUGGUUCAGACAGGAGUUGUGCUGCCCAGCAGAGAGGACAAUUGAUGGACUAUCUUUCCCUCCUGAGGAUAUCUUACUGAAGCGGUUGAGAGUACCGGACCGAACCAAGACGCCACAUCGUCCCCACCACCCCCUCCUCCGGUCCGGCCAUGGACGAGCAGGCGGGUCCCGGUGUCUUCUUCAAUAACAACAACUCUGGUUUGCCCGGCGGUGGGAAUAUUAAAGCUCCGCAGACUGGCGACUUUGGCGGCGGAGAGGCGGCCAGGGCUCACUACAACAUCCCGGGGAUCUUACACUUUCUCCAGCAUGAGUGGGCCCGGUUCGAGGUGGAGAGGGCGCAGUGGGAGGUGGAGCGGGCCGAGCUGCAGGCUCAGAUCGCCUUCCUGCAGGGGGAGAGGCGAGGCCAGGAGAACCUGAAGAAGGACCUGGUGAGACGGAUCAAGAUGCUGGAGUACGCCCUAAAACAGGAGAGGGCAAAGUUCCAUAAACUGAAAUAUGGAACAGAUCUGAACCAGGGAGAUAUCAAACCUCCGAGUUAUGAUUCAGAUGAGGGGAAUGACAGUGAGGCUCCCAGUCCUCCCAACAGCAGCCAUCAGCUCAGCUGGAAACAAGGACGCCAGCUGCUUAGACAAUACCUGCAGGAAGUUGGAUACACAGACACUAUCCUGGAUGUGAAGUCUCAGAGAGUCAGAGCACUGCUCGGUCUGACCGGAGACUCAGGAGAGAAACCUUCAGAGAAGAAACCCGAACCAAUGGUGAAUGGCACUGAACCGUCCUCACUGAAGGACAGCGGCAUGGUCAGUAAACCCGACAUGUCCGACUCGGCCACUGUGUUGGAGGCCUUUAAGUUCAUAGAGAGCGCUGCAGCAGAAUUCAGCGACGAGGACGAGGAGGAGGACAGCGAAGGCAGGGACAAGACCAUCUUAGACCUGGCUACAAUGGUAAGGAAGAAGCAGUCAUCUACCCCUUCUUCCACAACUUCUGACCUCAGCGACGACCCUGACACAGAGGAGGCUCUGAAGGGUUUUGAUUUCUUGGCGAGUCCAGAUGAGAUGGAUGGAUCACCUGAGUCCAGGAGUGGGGAGGACAGUGGAGAGUGGGAGAAGGAAGAGCAGUCUCCUCUGGGUGAACUGGCCUGGGACGUGGACCAGGGACUGAUAGCCCAGCUCAAGGAGCAGUACAGGAAGGAACGCAAGGGCAAGAAGGGGGUAAAGAGACCAAACCGAUCUAAGCUCCAGGACAUGCUGGCUAACCUGCGGGAUGCUGAAGACCUUCCCUCCAUGCAACCACCCGUGACGCCCCCCUCCCGCCCCAGUGUACCCAGACUCAAUGAGCACGAAGUGGGGCGCACUGAAGACGAGGCGAUGACAUUUCUGCCAUCAUCUGGAAAGUCAUUCAUCCUGGGCAGAGUGGACGAGGCGGUUUCUAACGAGCUCGGAUUGGGCGAACUGGCCGGACUAACCGUCGCUAAUGAGGCUGACAGCCUGGCGUACGACAUCACCAAUAACAAAGACGCUCUCAGGAAGACCUGGAACCCAAAGUUCACCCUGCGGAGCCACUUCGACUCAGUCCGGGGUCUGGCCUUCCACCCGGUGGAGCCCGUCCUCAUCACGGCCUCGGAGGAUCACACCGUCAAACUCUGGAACCUCCAGAAGACGGCGCCCGCCAAGAAAUGUGCUGCUUUAGAUGUCGAGCCCAUCUACACUUUCAGAGCUCACAGUGGAGCCGUGCUGUGUGUCACCAUGAGCUCCAGCGGGGAGCAGUGCUUCAGUGGGGGCGUGGACGGUACCAUUCAGAGCUGGAACACCCCCAAUCCCAACAUCGACCCCUACGACUCAUAUGAGCCCUCUGUCUUACGGGGGGCGCUGUGCGGUCACACAGACUCUGUGUGGGGUCUGGUCUACAGCUCGGCCCACCGACGCCUCCUCUCCUGCUCAGCUGAUGGGACGGUCCGGCUGUGGAACGCUGCUGAAAUCUCACCAUCUCUUGCUGUUUUCAACGAGCAAGGAGAGCUGGGGCUGCCGACCUCUGUGGACCUGGUGAGCAGCGAGCCGGCUCACAUGGUGACAUCUUUCACCACCGGUGACAUUGGACUCUUCAACAUGGAGACACAGCAGCUCGUCCUAAAGCUGGAGUCUGCCGGGCCACCAGAAGCUCCCUGCAAGAUCAACAAAGUGCUGAGUCAUCCCACGCUGCCAAUCACCAUCACAGCUCAGGAGGACCGGCACAUCCAGUUCUUUGAUAAUAACACAGGUAAACUGAUCCACUCAAUGGUCGCCCACCUGGACUCUGUCACAAGUCUCGCUGUGGAUCCAAACGGACUGUACCUCAUGUCUGGAAGUCACGACUGCUCGAUCCGUCUGUGGAACAUGGAGAGCAAGACGUGCAUCCAAGAGUUCACCGCCCACCGCAAGAAGUUCGAGGAGUCAAUCCACGACGUGGCGUUCCACCCAACCAAGUGCUACAUCGGCAGCGCCGGGGCUGACGCGCUUGCCAAGGUCUUCGUAUGACCUGAAACUGGCCUGCAGCCGAAUACUGAGCUCAGAGGACGGGUGGAGUGACGGAGAGGAAAUGCUGAGAUGAAAGAGUGGAGGUGGAAUUCACCUCUGAGUCUGAAUGAGGAAACAGAAAACUGAAGGUGACAGAGAUCCAGACUGCUCCUUAAAGAUUUGUCAAAUAUUCGUCCCGUCCCCUCACCGCCCUUUUUGGACUUAGGCUGGCCCGGGUCCCGAAACAAACAAACCUCUGGAUGAGACGAUGAAUGAAACAGGAAGUGGCAAAAAAAUAAAAACAGGAACUCUCGGUACAUUAAAACUAAAGCUGGAAUCUUAUUUUCUUUUCUGAAACUCCACCAUCACUAACCCCAAACUCUCCAGUAAACAGCCCAUUGCUUUGAAAUAACGUGCCUUUUUUCUUCAGACCAUAAAUUCUUUUAGUUGUUGAUCAGAAGACGUGGGAGUGGCAAAAUAAAUCAAGUAACGAUACAGUUUUUAAAAACAGAUUCAACAGACAGAGGCUGAUCAGAAGUCAUGUGAGUGCUCGAGAUGACCUCCGGCUCGGCAUAGGACUUGGUGGACUUUUAAUUUGAAAUUCAUUUGGUGAUUUUAUGAUUUCCUGUUCUUAAAGAAACGUCACAGCAGCAGCCUGACUUAAUCAGUCUGCUUUUGGAGAGCGGUCGGUCUCAAGGACAAAGUUUCACACUGUUAACGCCCUCGCAGGAGGUAAGAGGUCAAAGGUCAUGACCUUGAGCUGGUCUGGAGUCGGUUGCUGUGUUGACAGAGACUCUGUCAGCAGGUCGGAUCACAUCUGAAGAGUUUCAUUCAAAAUGAGAUGUUUUAAGAUUGAACGCUGAUAUGAGGAGCAGUCAUCUCUGCGCUGUUUGUUCACGUUCUGCAGAACAGCUAAAGGUGUUUGUUGUUGUCGUUUAGGCUGCGUGUAGUGACGAGUGAUCAGGCUCAUCAGACCAAACGGUAGCAAAAUGGAUUCACGCGUCAUCAGAGAACGGUUCAUUUGACAAGUUUGAACACUGACUGAUUGUGCUGCUAAAAGGUUUAUAGUUAUAUAAAACAACACCAACAGGCAGCCAGGUUUCUACACAGUCAUUGCUACAGUUGUUCAUAUGAUGAAAACAUGCAGUUCAAAAGGUUAAAUAAUAUAAAUAUCGAACAUUAAACCGUGUUGUGUAAGUGUUGACAAGAGACAUGGAAUGACAUCGAAAGAGAAAUGGACAUGUUUGGUAGCUGGAACUCUUCUUCCUCUAUGUCUUUCCAGUUUUUGAUAAUAGAUUAUUUUAAAUAUCCAAAUUCUCUAAUUCAGUUUCUCAGAUGUGAAUAUUUUCUGUGACAGAAAACAAUAAACUUUCUGUUUGUGUUGUGGCCAAAACAAGAUAUUUGUGAACGUCAACUUGGGCUUUGGGAAACAGUGAUCAACAUUUUAUAGGCCAAACAACUAAAAGAUCAAUCGAGACUGUGGAAGUUUGACAGGUCUGAUCGACUCAUUGACGGCCGUAGUGUAAUGUCAGGUUGCAUUUUUCCAAAAGAAGAUCGCUGGGGAGGCCCGCAGCACCACAGCCAAAACACACUAAUCCCCAUAAAUAAAUGGAAAACCCUGCGUUUUCACCUGAAUGUACCCUAUUUAAUGAUCUGACUCCAAUCUUUAAGGAUCUGUUUCACUCUGUUGGCUUUCUGACAAAGCAAACGUCUUGGAUUCAGAGACUUUUAUUUCAGCACGUUGAGCUCUGGUGUGUCAGAGACAACUGUGACGACAUAGAGACAGAAAUCUGUUGCAGCAGAUCAAUACAUGAGAAGUUUUUAAUGUCUCAGGUGAGUUUAGGUGUAGCAGAACUGCAGGAAUCAGCUGGAGUUGAAUUGUUUGGUUUUCCAAGUUUUUGGCUGAGUAGCUCUUUUUAAGUUUGGAUGACACUGUGCUGCUGCAGCACUUUGGUCUAACAGAGCUUCAUUUGUGUUCUCCACAUUCACACCUGAGCAUCGAAAUGCACAAACACUCUUGUUCUCUAUUUCCACUACUGCACCGAGACAGGAUGAACACUACAGAGGAGGAUUAUUUUGAAAUGAAACCCUUCAGCGUGUGACACGUUGUUAAAGAUAACUGUAAUAUACCGUACAGAGCCUCUGCCUGUAAACACAGCUGCUGUCAUGUGACACUUUGAUAGACGUAGAUCAGAUAAAGAGCUUUUCUCCAAAGAGAAAUCUCUGGAGGAAAAACAAAACAAAUGAAUCUGAAAAAACAGAAAUAUUUCAAGCUAAAAUGUGUUUGUUUUUUUCACAAUGUGUUGUGUUUUUUCACAGGGUUAUAAAACAUUUUGGAUCAAAUCUCUUCAGAUUCAGUAGUUUGUGACAACGAGGCUCGAUUUGAAAACCUGCUGCUUUUUAUCGUGUAGUUGAAAGAUCCAGACGACCUGCAGCCAUUUCAAAAACCUGCAGUGAAUCUUUUCUCAUUUGUUUGUUUUACUUUGAUCAUAUUAAGUAUUUAUUACUACACUAAAAAUGCCAAAUUAAAGCCAAAAGAUUCAACCAAGACGGCGAGAUGCUUCCUACUAAACCAGACGGUUCUUGUUGCUAACGCUAAUUAGCUCGUUUUGUUGUCAGAUAACACUUUAAAUGUCCAGUGUGUCAGAUUUAGGGGCUCUAUUUACAGAAUAUGACAGAAGUGGAUGAGGAAGAAAAUAAAAACGUGAGAUGGACCAACAGGUUGGUGUGGCUGCUUUGCGGAUGCUGUACCCGACUGUUGUAGAGAAGAGGGAGCCGAGCCGCAAGGUAAAGCUCUCGAGUCCAUCUACGCUCCAACCCUCGCCUAUGGUCAUGAGCUUUGACUGAAGAAUGAGAUUCAUGUGCCCUGCUAAACCUGCAGCCACUGUGACCUGACCCCAGAUAAGAAAAUGGAUGGAUGGAUGGCAGAAAUGAAAUAUAAUAGUCAUAACUGUUUUUGAUCAGCGUAUAAUAACCAGAAAAUAAGGAUAACUGUGACUUUGUUACCCUUAAAUUAACCUUUUAUAUCUACAGACGCUGUGGGUCACAUAUUUCUAGCCUAGAACAGACAAAAUAAACACUGUAUCUGCCUUUUCUCGUGCGUUUUGUUGCCACCUUCACACCAGGAAGGAGAGGGUGAGGUCAGGGGGUAGCAAUUAGAAACUACACCACUAGAUGCCACUAAAUCUCACGCACUGGUCCUUUGAGUAACCUGUUUAGUUCCCAAACUGCACACAAGCUCCCCUCCUCUCAGAUUUGAUAUGCUUUAUAUGCUGACUGCCUGAAAAUGUUGUAUUUUGUGUAAUUAUAAUUAUUAUUAUUUGGAGCGAUUACUAGUUUUUUAAACGACUCUUUGUGUUUGGUGACAGACUUGUAAGAUACAGGUAGAUAUUUUUUUUAAAGACGUGUUCUCUGUUUUACUUCUACUUCUACUUCUUUGGGGUUUCUGCUGGUGUUGUAAGAAGUACAUAUACAUACAUGACUUUACCUCUCAGCACUGCAUAACACUUUGUUUGUUGCUUUUUACCAAAUGAUCAUCUCAAAAAUGCAGCUGUGUGUUCCUCCGCUGGGAAACGUUGGGGACUUUGCUUUUGUUUUAAUUGAAAUGGUGUAAAAUGAAAAAAAAAAAAGGGUAAACAGAGAUGUGUACAGUUUUUAAGUAUUAAAGCAGAUCUAUUUAUAAACCUGGUGUAAUUAAGGGAAAUUGUAACAGCAAAGUGAAAGUGAAUGAAUCAUUUAGUGACGUCUAGGUGAGCCGAGAGAUCAAACAUUAUUGAUGUGACAAGUAAACACAAGUAAAUUCAACUGUCCUGUAAAAAUAUUUAGGAAAUGAAUGGAGUCUGGUUAAUAUCGGCCUGUUUUAAUGUGACAGAGAGUUUAGCCUUUGGUACUUUGUACACAUAGCCAGCUGUUUUUAAAUUUCUAUAUCCAAAGUUUUCCCUUUUAAAAAUAAACUAGAGUUUGGAUGUUUUGUUCUCCAGGAUAACAUGAUGACCACACUAAGACGGCUGUGUUGUUAUGGAAAGCCAGCCAGUUCAAAUAUACAUCAUAUUGUUAACUCGUUGUUUACGUUGACACGUCCACAGAAGAGUUUCUAGGUUGUGGUUUUUUUUAGGGCUUUUUGUCCUUUAUUGGACAGAGACAGCUUGAGAGAGAUAGGAAAGUGGGUAGAGAGAGAGAGAGAGGAUGACGUGCAUCAAAGGGCCACAGGCUGGAGUCAAACCCAGGCAGCUCUGGUGAGGGCUGAGCCUUUGUACGUGGAUAGAGAUACCAGAGCGCUCAGUCCUUCUUACUGUAACUUUAUUGCCUCACAGCCCCCACAUCAGGGUUCGUCAUCAUUUUCCAGAAGCACCAUCUUGUCUUCACAUUUACUGCUUUUGAAAGGUUGGAUCCAAUCAGCUUGAUUUGAUGCACUUUUAGAUUUAGGAGUACACUUCUUAACGUAUGUGCAUGUUUGCAGAUCCACUGGUUUAAACCUGCACCAAAUGACAAACUACAGUCUUUGAACUGGGCCAGAAAUUAAAUCUAGAUUUGACUUUAAAUUUCAUGUUUUUUUUUCUCUUUUUCUCUUUGUUGGAAGAAACUCAUCAUACUGUGACGUUUACACGACAAAAACAGGAAGCAGCAGUGUCAGGACUCCAUCAAAGA